UUUUUUUCCGCCGCACAUGAGAGCAAGCAGUGCGGCGCUUUUGGUUAUCUUCUUCCAACUAUCUUUACUUCUCAGCUCGGUCAUCUCCGUUCCAUGGUAUACCAUGCUGCUGGCGGCCGCCGCUGCAGCAGCGCCGUACCACCCCAUCUUCUCCCGCUAUCACUUCCACCUUUCGCCGCCUAGUUUCUUCGCCGUUCGGAGAGCAGGCGGGGGCUCGGCCCUCCCGCGGGCCUUACUACGCCGGUGUCGCAGUCAGAGUCAACACUCCUGCUGUCGCUGUCACUGCUCUUGGAGCAGCAAUGCGCACGCAGGCCGGAGUAGCCAUUGCCGCCAUUGCCGGGCGGGUGCAACGCCGGACCCCCCGGACGAGCUGCCGUCGGGCAGAGGCGGCCGCUACCAUCCUUCCGAGGAUAUUGCCGAGACGCUCCACCUAAACGACGGCGAGCCGGCGCGCCUUACCGACGCCGAAUCUGCCCGAACAAUCGUCGAGGUGAACAACAAUGCUACGGUGAUGAUCUCCACGCUCGUCGACGACGGUGUACACGAGAGAAUCAUCUUGCCGGAGUUCCCCUAUUUGACCGACGAGAAUGGAGAUAUUUACUUCGAGGUCGACAAUGAAGACGCAGUCAUGGAAAGCAUCAUGGGCGAAGACAAAAUCGCGCAUGUUAUCAUUGGACUGGAUAAUACAGAUGUCUUUGCUGACUUGGAUCUAGCCGCGGCAUCAUCAACUCAAUUUAUGCAAGAAGGUGAAGAAGAAGAUGGCGACGACGAUUCAGAUGAUGAGGAAAGCGACUUUGAUGAGGACUUUGAAGAGGAGGGUGUGUUUGCUAUUGAUGAAGAAGAUGGUGACGACGACGAUGAAGAUGAUGAUGCGCCUAGCUGGUCCAACCUUGAAACCGUGAAUUCCUGCCAUCCUCUCUAUUUUGCAAGGAUGAUUGUGGAGAGCGCGAGCAAAUCUAAUAUAGAUUGGUUGGACCGACCACCUGCAAGCCUCGUUGUUGAGGGCCAGCUGCGACCUGCCUUCGCUGAAGAGAGCACCAUGGUCUCCAGGCAUUUAUUAAAUGGUGAUGAACCCCUGAAAGAUAGUAAAAAGGAGAGUGGAGCUACAUUUUUCAAGGUUGAAGUUCUGAGCAUUGAGCUGAUCACUGCAUAUGGUACCGAGAGAAUCGAGACCUAUCCACAGAGACGGAACAAACGGUUGGAGAACGGGACGAGAGAUAUUUUUAUCCAUCAUGGAUGACAGUGGGAUCUAUGGAUUGGUCCUACAUCUCCAUAGACAUUUUAAAUUUCUUGAUGUUUACUUGGAUUUCAUAUUUUCAUAUUUUUAUUUUGUUAAUAUUGUUGCGGUUGUGUGCAUCUUAAUUGUGCAAUGGCCAGGUGUAUUGAAUAAGCAUAAAAGCGUCCUUCAUAAAAAAAAAUCGUCAGAAUAUUGCUUUUCCUAGAAUAUAAGGUAUUUCAUAUUGCAACUUUACAUGAUUGUAGGAUACAUACGUUUUGUACAUGUAGAUUUUUUUUCAGUUUUUUGAAAACUUUUAAAACACUGUUUUUGAAUUCUGAAAAAAUGGACUUCUUGUAGCCCGAGCUUAUAUGUGAUAUUCUGCAAUUUAAUAUCUUAUGUAACUGCUG